GAGGUAGAGGUUAACUUCUAAAAAUAUUUUAGAGCAGUAAGUAAUAAAUCUUUCAAAACAUUAGCACUAUUCACGUCUAUAUUCCAAAAUUUAGAAGGAAAAAUGGAGAAUUCAACAAAAAUAGUUGAAAAUCCUAAAGGAUAUGAGGAGUGGAGUAUUGUGAAUUAGAUAUGGAAGGGGGAAAUUAGCACCAACGAAAAUAAUGCUGCUACGACGUCGUUCACAAUAGCACUUCUCCCUGUUAAUCGUUAGGAUUAGCAGUUGAAACUUGACACUCUCCCUUUCUUUGGGUGUAGUGGAACUGCAAUUACUCUUCCAAGUAGCGAAAGAGAGUCCACACUGCUGAAAGAAUUCUCAUAUUAAAUUCUUUCUAAAUGGGUCUACUCUGGAGACCUUAGAGUUGAACUACAAAGGUGCUUGAUCAAAUGCCUUUUGCAUCCUCUCAGUUGCAUAUUAAGUGCUCCCUGGGUCUUGGACAAAUUACAGUCUUGAAAGAGUUCCCAACCAAAACAUUGACGAUGUAAUUGCUGAAAUCAUGUCUGGAACUUCCCUUUUCUCCAACCCACCACUAUACACUACUAGUACUACCUCAAAGUACAUCCAUAGGCCAUCACCUCAUAAACUUAAACUUUUGAUAGACAAAUCCAAAAGCAUCAGACAGCUUUUACAGAUUCAUGCAUUUCUUAUUCGCUACGGCCUGGAGAGUGACUCGGUCUUGAACUUUAAGCUCCAAAAAUCAUACUCUUCUCUUGGACACCUCAAACAUUCUGUUUCCGUCUUUAAGCUCACUCAAAGUCCAACUGUGUUCUCGUAUAGUGCCAUUAUCCAUAGUCAUGUGAUCAAUGAUCUCUGUGAACAAGCCUUUGUCUUUUAUAUCCAAAUGCUAACUCAAAAUAUUGAGCCUAAUGCAUUUACAUUUUCUUCCAUCCUAAAAGCUUCCCCACAUGAAUCAGGAAAAGCCCUUCAUUGUCAGGCCCUAAAACUUGGGUGUGAUUCUGACAUUUAUGUUCGAACUGCUCUUGUGGAUGUCUAUGCUAGAGGCAGUGACAUUGUUUCAGCUCGCAAACUCUUUGACACAAUGACCGAAAGGUCUUUGGUGACUUUGACAACAAUGAUUACCGGAUAUGCAAAGAAUGGGCAUGUGCAAGAGGCAAGAGUGUUGUUUGAUGGGAUGGAGGAGAAGGAUGUUGUUUGUUGGAAUGCCAUGAUUGAUGGGUAUAGCCAACAUGGUAGGCCUAAUGAAGCUUUGGUUCUUUUUAAGCAGAUGUUACUGUCAAAAGUAAAACCUAAUGAAGUAACCGUGGUGGCGGCUCUUUCUGCUUGCGCGCAAAUGGGAGUGCUGGAAUCAGGUCGAUGGAUUCAUGCUUAUGUGAAAAGUAACAGAAUUCAAUUAAAUAAACAUGUAGGUACUGCUUUGAUUGACAUGUAUAGCAAGUCCGGGAGUUUAGAGGAUGCAAGAAUGGUGUUUGAUCAGAUGAAAGAUAAGGAUGUCAUAACAUGGAAUUCAAUGAUUGUAGGAUAUGCGAUGCACGGAUUUAGCCUUGAAGCUUUGCAGCUAUUCAAUGAGAUGUGUGAGUUGGGUCUCCAGCCUACUGAUAUAACAUUUAUUGGCAUUUUAAGUGCUUGCGCUAAUGCUGGAUUGGUCGCUGAAGGAUGGGAUUACUUUCACUUAAUGGACAAGUAUCGAAUUGAGCCAAAGAUUGAGCACUAUGGUUGCAUGGUGAAUCUUCUUGGACGAGCUGGACAGUUAGAAGAAGCUUAUGAAUUUGUCAAUAGUAUGAAGAUUGAUUCCGAUCCUAUUUUAUGGGGAACAUUACUGACUGCUUGUAGGAUUCAUGGGAACAUAAGGCUCGCAGAGAAAAUUAUGGAGUUCCUGGUGCAACAGGAUCUUGCUACUUCAGGAACUUAUGUUCUGCUAUCCAAUAUAUAUGCUUCUGCUGGUGAUUGGGAUGGUGUGGCAAAGGUCAGGGCAUUGAUGAAGAGUAGCGGGGUAGACAAGGAACCUGGUUGUAGCUCCAUUGAGGUCAAUAAUAAAGUGCACGAGUUCCUUGCCGGUGACAUGAAGCAUCACAAAAGCAAAGAAAUUUACAGAAUGCUGGAGGAGAUGAACAAGUGGCUCGAGGCUCAUGGUUACAUGCCACAGACUGAUGUAGUCUUGCAUAAUCUUGGGGAAGUUGAGAAGCAGAAAUCGCUUGCUGUUCAUAGUGAAAGGCUAGCCAUUGCUUAUGGGCUAAUCAGUACUCAGCCAGGAACUACAAUCAAGAUUGUCAAGAAUCUCCGUGUUUGUCCAGAUUGUCAUUCUGUCACCAAGCUUAUUUCAAAAAUCACAGGACGUAAAAUCAUAGUGAGGGAUCGGAAUCGCUUUCAUCAUUUUGUGGAGGGUUCAUGUUCUUGUGGUGAUUUCUGGUAGAACUAUUAGCUAAUGCUAACAAACAGGCAGGCUUCCAUAUAUAGCUUUUUUUUUGUGUGUACAUUUUUUGGCUCUAUCGACGAUUCUCCAGUCCAGGUUAACUUACCUCGUUUGCUGCUUCAUAUUUUCUCCUCCUCUUUGAGUUGUAUACGAAGUUACUUCCUCAAAUAUCGUUGCAACUCUGUUACAUUCAUGUAAAUUUUUUUGUAUUUUUGGUUAGGAUACUCCUCUGAGUUAUAUUCGAAGUUACUUCCUCAAAUUGCGUUGCAACUCUGUUACAUUCAUGUGGAAAACACUGUAUUUUUGGUUAAGAUGCCGCUCCUUGAGCUUAAGGCCUGAUUUUUUUAUUUA